UCUCAACCUCCGUUACGUAUUUUCACUAAUUAAAUGCACUGCUACAUACAUAUAUGUACAGUGAGUCAUUGAUCUAAUAAUAAAUAUAUUGAUCUAAUUAAAAAUGGAGAACAACGAUUUGGAUUUUGUGUUGGUUCCAGCAGGCUUACUUGUGAUGGUUGCGUAUCAUUUUUGGCUCCUUUACCAGAUACGUCACAAUCCUACUCGCACCGUCGUCGGUAUGAAUGCUAUUAAUCGUCGAUUCUGGGUUACCUCUAUGAUGGAGGACACUCAGAAGACUGGAGUUCUAGCAGUACAAACGUUACGAAACAACAUAAUGGCAUCCACGUUGCUGGCCUCUACAGCCAUCAUGCUCAGCUCCCUAAUUGCCGUUCUCAUGACCGGAGGAGCUACCGGGCACAACACCAAUACAACUAGCACGGACCACCACUGGAUCGGUCUAACAUUUGGUGAGGGAACAAAGCUCCGGUUAACAAUCAAGUUCUUUAGCAUUUUGGUCUGUUUCUUGGUCUCUUUCUUGAUGAAUGUCCAGUCAAUUAGGUACUACAGUCAUGCCAGUAUGCUCAUCAAUGUUCCUUACAAAAAGAUCACCAAUUUCACCAGCCAUCGUCUGUCCGCUGAGUAUGUUGCCUCCACAGUGAACUUAGGUAGUUACUUUUGGUCUCUUGGCCUUCGCGCUUUCUAUUUCUCAUUUCCAUUGUUCUUGUGGCUAUUUGGUGCUAUACCCAUGUUUGUUUGCACCAUUUUGUUGGUUUUCAUGUUGUACUUUCUUGAUUUUACGUUCGAUCUUGGCUGGGUAGUUGAUGAUUCGGUUAGUACAGAUGAAGAAACUGGUUAAGAAAACUUCAAAUGCUAGCUAGAGGAUUCAAUCCAAGUUGAAUCUCACAUUAUAUAUGUAGCUUAUGUAAUUUCGUUUUUAAAACCGAUGAAUGAAUAACACUUCACUUUUAUCUCA